AUGUGGGAUCCAUGUAGAAACAAAAUUGAGAAUACCAGUGCAUGUCAUGCACAUGAUCAAGUGGUGACAGGUUUAUCAUGGGGUUUGGAUGGCCAUUGUUUAUACAGCUGCAGCCAGGAUAAUUCUGCACACUGUUGGAUUUUCGAGAAACUGAAACUUGAAGGAAUUCCCGUGCACACAAAUUUUCAGGAGCUAAAAGAGUCAACAGAUCUACCAAAAGUAUCUGAUCAAUGCUUUGGACUUUCGAUUGCACCAGGACAACUAAUGAUUGCUGUGGUCCGCACUUUGGAUCAAAAUCUGUUAGAUCAGAUGUAUCAAGCCAGGACAGAGAAAGCAGUGGUUGAGUUCAUUUGGAUUGGUGGUCAGUUCCUUGGUCUUCCACUAGACAAGGGCAUUUAUAUCUGCAGUCCACAAUCUGGCACUAACUUCUUAUGGUGGGGAUCCAACAUAUUUUGGUCAUUGAAGAAAUAUGAAAAUGGUGAAAGAGGACUGAUCUUAUGGGAUAUCAUAGUUGCGCUACAAGUGCUAAAGAAAUCCGCACCGACCUUUCUGGAAACGUUAAUGCAUAAAUGGGUCUCAAGUCUGCUUUCAUAUGAUCAGUGUGAUUCUAUCAUUAUCUCGCAUCGUUCGAGAAAUGACAUGAUAUCCAAGGCCAGCUUGCGGAAGUUACACUUGCUGAAUAUCGUUUGUAGGAAAGUAAUGCUUAGCGACCAUCCACAGUAUUCUCCUGGUGGAGAAGAGGGUAACAAUGCGGCAACUGAUUUAUGGACCAAUCUUCUAGUGAGUAGCGAAACAGAGCUGCGGAAGAGGCUUGUGGCUUUCACUUUUGCUGCUGUCUUGGGUCGAAUAUCAUAUUUGCGGAAGGGCGUCUCUAAUGACAACCGGUGGUUUCCUGUUGGAAUUGCCCAGAUGGAUUCGUGGGUAUCUAUGAAUAGUGGAGAAGUGCACAAUGAGCUCAAGUCUCUGAAAUCGAGGAUCAAAGACUUAGGAAGCAGGAUCGACUCGGUGUGUGAAUAUUCGGUUGAAGAAACCUGCCCCUACUGCUCUGCGCCGGUGCGCUUUGAGUCGCCCGAUGUAGCCCUGUGCGGAAGCGGAGAUUCUGCUAUGGUCCCAGCUGAAAGGCACAGACUGUCGAGAUGCGCAGCGUCGAUGCGCCUUUGCUCCGUCCUGCAACCAGCCUGGCACUGCACAUGUUGUGGAGGAAUGGUCGAUAAGCUGGUGCCGGAGACCUUCUUCACCAUGACGGCAUCCCCUCUGGAUGCCAACCAUGGCAGUGAAUCGCUUUGCUUGUCAGCGCCUGCCGUUCCACUUUGCCCCUUCUGCGGCAUAACGCUGCAGAGGUCGACGCCGGCGUUCCUGCUCUCCGUCUCCCCGUUAUAG